GCUUAUAUGGCCAGUCAAGCGGAGCGCCAACACCCUUCAAUUUUGUGCACAUUAAUUACAUGUGUUUUUCGUCUUCCAUAAAAAGUAUCACAAUGUGACGAUUAUAUUCCUUCAGUUUCUUCAUUGUUUCGAUUUUUGUGGGAGAAUGUCAACAGUAUAAUUUGGAUACAUUUCAGUGCAAGUUUAAGACAUGAAGAGCUAGCAUUGCGGUACCAUAACCUACCAUGAAGAUAAUCAACUACGCAGUCUGCAUCACAGUAUUUAUUCUCGUCCAGCUAGGGGCCAUUUCUCCUUCAUUUGCUCCUUUUCUUUCAUCACCCGGAAACGCCUCCAUCUUGGUUUUCCUUGACAUUCACCGGAGUUACCAUGGUGAUACGUGCGCUGAUGCAGAUUGGAGUAUCUUUGAAUUGGCACAUAGUCUACACUGGAAAGCCGAACAGGACAACUUAACAGGGAUAGAGAUAUAUGACACGUGCAGUUCCCAGAGACGGGUUUAUGACAUCGUCCGACAAAGACUGGCACCAGAAUCAUGCUUGACAGAAAUAUAUCCCUCUGUGUCAGGAGUUAUUUCCCAUUCAUCACAACCCAUUAACGACAUCCUAACUAACAGUUUCGACUCUGUUCAUGUUGUGAUAGAUGAUGGUGUACCAGUCGAGAAUGACAUUGCAUGGACAAACGGACAAAUGUACGUUGAACUUGCAUCCAGGAUUAACAUCGAGAUAUUGGCACACUUUCUGCAGACAUUGAACUGGACAUACGUUACCGUUCUGUCCGACAACCACACACAAUCUCGACUGGAACACGAUAUUUUCACUCUUAUGGCAGACGAUCUUAACAUCUGCAUCCAGUUCUCGCAAAUCAUAACGGACUGGGUAACGGAUGACAUACCUCCAGUGAAAACAGACGGUGUUAUUUUGUUUGCAAAUGAUCUAAGUGACUUGAAGAGCGUGAUUGAAAGAUUACCAAAGGCGUCUGCUGUUGCCAUAGCGACCCAUGACAGGAGAACAAGUGAAUUUAGAUUCGUCCAUAAAGGCAUUGUCUUAUUUGACAGUUUUGGUCACAAUGAAGAAUUUUCUGAGUACAUGACGUCAUCUUUGUGGAAUCAGACGACACUUAGUAACCUUUCGAUUCAGUAUUACUUAACCAAUCACAACUGCUCUUACAUUAACCUGUCGAUUUCAAAUCAGAUUUCAUGCGCUGGAUCAGAGGAGAUGCGAGCUUACUUCAACAGUUUUACUUCUUUAAGGCUGAUGCAUGUGUUCCAUGAAACUCUGGAACUAGUGACAAAAAUCGCAAAAGAAAUGAUGGAAAAGAAUUGCACAAAUUAUCAGAGAAGUUGCUUUGACACAGCAGACGUUAAUAAAUUAUCGUCGUAUCUCAAAAUGGGAAACAAUCAGACGCUUGUUCAGAAACCACCUUACAAUGUUACCCUUACCUUGCUGAGUGGCGGAAAUGUUCAAAAGGCUGACGUGUUUUCAACUACAACAUUCACUAAUAUUUCACAAGACGUGCAUAGCUGGAUAGAUGGCGCCUCAGAUUCGUUUCCCUCAAGUCUUUGCACAACAUGGUGUCCAUCAUGUCAGCGUUCUAAGUGCAAUUCUGUUUCUUCCAAAGUCGAGUUUCAAGGAGGCUACUUUUACGUUCCUGGUGACAUUUUGAUAACUGGAAUGCUGCCAUUUUCGCGGCAGUGGGAUAAGACAUCAGUCGGAAAAAUCUGUUCUGGAAUGCGACUAGACAAUUACUUUGAUGCCCGGUCUGAAGCUUUUCUCUAUGCUCUCCUGUCUGCGCAUGCGCGAUAUCCUGACUGGCUGCAGAAUAUAAGUAUCGGCGCUUUAUUGUUUGACACUUGCAGCGAUAGUAAUAGGGCUUCUCAGAUUUUACUGAAUUUUGAGUCAUGUAUGUACGCUUUCGAAAGGACAAACAACAACUGGAAACCUUCACCCACAAUAGUUCCAGCUUACGUUGUGGUUGGAAAUGAUGAAGCUUUCAUGGGUGAAACUAAAGCAGUUGAUAAACUGGCUGUUGGGGUAAAUGACCAUGGAAGUAUAUACAGAAAUGACAAAAUCAUGUUUAAAAGCUCUGCUUUUAAUUUCGAAAUUCUUAUGAAUUUCCUUCAUAAUAUGAACCUUUCAUAUGUCGGAUUAGUUACAUCUUUUGCUUCCGAUAAUUUGAAUAUACAGAACCUGUUUGAGACAGCAAAAUCUAGUAAUGUUUGUAUACCUUACCACGGGGUUAUAGCAGCCGACAAUUCUGGUUUACUUGACAAUAUUAAGAAGUCCACAGCGAAUGUUGUUAUUAUAUUUGCAACAUCGGCAGACGUUGGUACAUUCUUUAGGUCUCUAACAACGAGAAACAUCGUCAGAACUUGGAUACUGAUAGAGACACGCGAAAACUGGUUAGACAUUUCAGCUUUUCCGCUCUUCCCUCUUGGUUCUGUUAUAUUCAGUCCACAAAGAAAACAAAACCCACUAUUUAAUAUGCAUCUUGAUAACCUUCUAGACUCGAAGCCAUUAAAUGUAACCACAAAUAAUCCAUGGAUGGACAGAUAUAAACAAGGGAAGUCAAAAAAUGAUGUUACUCCAGAAACACGCAUGCAAGCGUCCGACGUGAUAAAAUCUGUUGACAUUUCACUAGAAGCCAUUAGCAAGGCCGUGGAAUCCGUCUGUGGAAAUGAAAGCAACGGGCUGUGUCCAGAAUUUGCGGAGACUGGCGGAAAAGAAGUGUUACGGGCGCUUGACGACAUGUGGACUAUAGACACAGAGGGAACGAAUGUACUUUCAACAGGAAACCCGGACUAUCAAUCCUACGUCAUUAUUAACAUACAAGAAGGCGGAAAUGUUGAGGUAGGAAGCUGGGUUGAUCAUCAACUUUCAUUGGACCAAAAGAAGCUGCGCUCAUACGACAGCAAAAACAAUCCACUGUCGGAGUUCCGGAAGUCAUAUUGCUUUGUGUAUUCAAAGAUAAAUAUAACAGCAAACGAAUCAGACACUGCACAAAUACGUCAGCUGGAUUAUGAAAUGGGUUAUAAGAAUUCUUCGGCCAAGUUUAAGAAAGAUCUUUGGGUACUUAUUGUCGUAAUCAUUGCCGGAACCGGAAGUCUGAUGACAAUAUUACUAAUGAUCUACAUCAUGUGUAAAGUUUGCUCAGGCGCACUCGUACGAAGAUACCUUGCACUCGGAAUACUUCUGCUCAUUGGCAUGGUAUUUCUAUUUUUAUCAGUAUUGCCGUUUUUGUUUACUCCGAGUGAGAAUGUUUGCGGAAUGAGAUAUUUUGCUCAUGGAUUUUCCUAUGCAUUCUGCUUCGGAAUUAUUUUGACAAAAAUGAUGACGCUGCGUGAUUAUAGAUAUAUUGGUCUUGGUGGGGAAAUUUCUAGAAUAAACCAAAUGUUGACUGUUUUCUUCAUUACGUCAGUGCAAGUCGCAAUCGGAGUACAGUGGUGGGUUCUGAGGACACCAGUGGUUUAUAGUGAACUAAUUCUAGAGGCAGGAGAAAUGGAUGCCCUUCAAGAAACAACGUACUAUGCAUGUGAUUUUGUAAGGAAAGACUUUGUUUCCUAUCAUUCGUAUGUGAUCUUCUUACUGGUUUUGUGUUGUUUUUAUUCGCUGAGCGUAAGAAAAGAAACAAAGAACAUGAAAGAAGCCAGACUGUUGCUGAUAUGCUCUUGGUUUUGUCUAGCGUUAUGGAUUGGAAUAAUUGUAACAAUAAUGGUCUUAGACCGGAAGUAUCUAGAAGCCAUUUGUGCGAUUGGAAUUCUGGGAAACGCACUUUCUAUGGUUGUUUUUAUUUACCUACCAAAGUUAACAGCAAUUUCUCGUCUUAAAUACGAAGUGUCAGAACAGAAUGUUCACAAAGAGAACGGGUACAAGCUCGACACAGAUUUCCAGUUUGAACGGCCGUACUCUUUACCUGGUACUUUACACAGUUCAAUUACCGACAAAGCGCUGACUUACCCGCGCAGUCUAGCUACGUUUGAUACAAGCCUUAGCUAUUGAGAGCUCUCCUGCUUCAAAACGCAUCUAUAUGUAUUUGAUACAUGCAUUCAUUGAAUUGAUAGAAGAUACUCAUGCAACGACUAAGCUGCAGUCGUCAUAAUUUACAGUGCUUUAUUAAGGUAUUAUUAGAUAAGAGUACUUUACGAUCUAGGGUGGACAUCUUUUCCUGCUGCUAUUAUGCAAGCUAUAUCAUAGCAGAAUUUCACGUUUUACUUAAAUGUAAAGAACAUUGAAUUCCACUAAUUGUACGGUAUGGACAUGAUAUCAUAUUCUACAAAAACGUCGGUUUGAACACGAUUUCAAGGCUGAUAUGUGUAGGUUUUCUUAAAGGGGGUGUUAAUCAUAUAUGUAUAUAGGCCUAUUUUGUUAAACUUUCCUGUUCAAGUGCUAAAUCAUUCCACAUACUGUUUUAUGUUUAUUGUUUUGAGAUUACAAAUUAGAUAUUAACCAAUUUUAGAUAAGUCAAGAAAUCCACGUGCUAACGUUUCAGCUAUUCCAGAGAUUGUAUGAUUGUUGCUAUUGAUAUUUCAGAACUGAUAUUAUUGUUCAUAUUAUUAUUCAUCUUGGUAACGUUAUGUAUGUGUUACAUGUAUAUUUUCACGAGAUUAAAAUAAAAAUGAUAUUUAACUAUUCAUAAGCAUAAA